AUGUGGAUGGUCCAUCCCAGCCUCCCCAACUGCAUCCCAGCCACCCCAGUACAUCCCAGCCUCUCCCAGUGCAUCCCAGUCAUCCCCAGUUCAUCCCCAGCCUCUCCCAGUGCAUCUCAGCCACUCUUGGUGCAUCCCAGCCUCUCCCAAUCCAUCCCAGCCUCCCUCAGAGCAUCCCAGCCUCCCUCAGUGCAUCCCAGCCUCUUCCAGUCCAUCUCAACCUCUCCCAGUGCAUCUCAACCACUCUUGGUGCAGCCCAGCCUCUCCCAGUCCAUCCCAGCUUCUCCCAGUGCAUCUCAGCCACUCUUGGUGCAUCCCAGCUUCUCCCAGUGCAUCUCAGCCUCUCCCAAUCCAUCCCAGCCUCCCUCAGAGCAUCCCAGCCUCCCUCAGUGCAUCUCAGCCUCCUUCAGUGCAUCCCAGCCUCUUCCAGUGCAUCCCAACCUCUCCCAGUGCAUCUCAGCCUCUCCCAGUGCAUCCCAGCCUCUCCUAGUCCAUCUCAGCCUCUCCCAGUGCAUAUCAGCCUCUCUCUGUGCAUCCCAGCCUCUUCCAGUGCAUUCUAGCAUUUCUCAAUGCAUCCCAGCCACCCUUAGUCCAUCCCACCCUCUCCUAGUGCACCUGUCUCUCCCAGUGCAUCCCAUCCUCUCCCAGUGCAUCCCAGCCUUUCUCAGUCCAUCCUAACCUCUCCCAGUGCAUCACAGCCUCUCCCACUGUAUCCCAGCCUCCCCCAGUGCAUCCCAGUCUCUCCCAGUGCAUCCCAGUCUCUCCCAAUGUAUCCCAGCUUCUCCCAGUCCAUCCCAGCCUCUCCCAGUGCAUUCCAGCUUCCUCCAGUGCAUCCCAGCAUCUCCCAGUGCAUCCCUGCCGCUCCCAGUGCAUCGCAGCCUCUGCCAGUGCAUCCCAGGCUCUCCCAGUGCAUCUCAGCCUCUCCCAGUACAUCCCAAUCUCUCCCAGUACAUCCCAGCCUCUCAUAGUGCAUCCCAGCCUCUCCCAUUGCAUCCUAGCCUCACCCAGUGCAUCCUUGCCUCUCCUAGUGUAUCCCAGCCUCUCCCAGUGCAUCCCAGCCUCUCCCACUGUAUCCCAGCCUCCCCCAGUGCAUUCCAGUCUCUCCCAGUGCAUCCCAGUCUCCCAGUGUAUCCCAGCUUCUCCCAGCCUCUCCCAGUGCAUUCCAGCUUCCUCCAGUGCAUCCCAGCCUCUCCCAGUGCAUCCCAGACUCAGUAUAUCUAAAACAAUUAUUCCCUGUAAAAACACUGUAAAUUAUUAUUGUACAGGGGAGUUUCAAUGGGUAACUAAAGUAAAUUCCCCCUAGCAGUACUGAACGUAAUUGUGCGUUACCUCUCAAUAGAAAACAUUUUAUGCGAGUCUCCCUUCUAAUACUCCGAAAUGGCUCUCGUUUUCUUUCCGCCCCGGUAGUUUUAAGGGGAAGCUUCACUAAAUUGAGUAAAUUAUUCCCGUUUUUUCCAACUGCCUCGAGGUGCCAGUCAUUUAUGAAGUGUAUGAAAGCAGAAACGGGUCUCCAGAAUAUGAUUUUUGCCCAAGAUCUUCCCUUCAGGUGAGUCUGAUGAUGACGAUGAUACUAUUACUGCUGCUGCUGCUGCUGCUGCUGCUGCUGCUACUACUACUACUACUACUACUACUACUACUACUACUACUACUAUCUUUGCAGACCUCUGGACUAUUUCGUGUCCAUCCAUGUCAGAGCAGGACCGCAAAGAAGACCGGCUGGCUGGCUACCGGGCCAGGUAGUGGGUGUGUCUGGUACAUGCUGAGGACAAGGCAGAUUACUCCUAUCCUGUGUGGCGUUAGUCGAGCCACAGCCAAUAGUCUGGAGACCCUCACCUUUGUACUAUUCCUGAUAGACUUUGCUGCUGCUGCUGCCUACGUAUGGGUCAAAGGUUAGUAGUGCACUACUGGCUGGCUGACUGACUGACUGACUUUUUGGCUGGCUGGCUGACUGACUGACUGACUUUUUGGCUGGCUGACUGACUGACUGACUGACUUUUUGGCUGACUGACUGUUUGGCUGGCUGGCUGGCUGACUGACUGACUGACUGACUGACUGACUGACUGACUGACUGACUUACUUUUUGGCUGGCUGACUGAC